AUGGUGGAAGACUCAGAAGGCCUAAAAAACUCUGGAAGUCAGAGAAUAUGGACAGAAACACCCAUCAGGAGAGAGAACAGAUUUAUUGAUGCAGUGCUGAGCUACCUCAUGGGUCCAAGAUUUCUGGUUUAUGCAAGCUGUGCACUUUCUAUAUGGGGAGAUCGAAUGUGGCACUUUGCCAUGUCUGUAUUCCUGAUAGAAUUGUAUGGACAUAAUCUCCUUCUAACAGCUGUUUUUGGGUUAGUGGUGGCUGGCUCAGUACUUGUGUUUGGGGCCUUAAUUGGAGAUUGGAUUGAUAGAAAACCAAGAAACAAAGUUGCUCAUGCAUCGCUGUUCAUUCAGAACUCCUCUGUCACUGCCUGCUGCGUAGUACUGAUGUUGGUGUUCUCUUACAAAGCCGAGAUUGAGCAAAUGUGGCAUGGCUGGUUUACUGUGUUCUGUUAUGCAGUGGUAAUCAUCUUAGCCGAUCUGGCAAACCUGGCAAGCACAGCGCUGACGAUAACCAUUCAGAAAGACUGGAUUGUGGUCAUCACAGGUGAUAACAGAGGCCAACUGGCUGGAAUGAAUGCAGCUAUAAGAAGAAUGGAUCAAGUCAUAAAUAUCUUCGCUCCUCUGUCUGUGGGGCAGGUUAUGACCUGGGCCUCUAAUGUCAUUGGCUGUGGAUUUAUUCUUGGAUGGAACUUGAUCUCUCUUCUGGUAGAAUUUAUAUUCCUAUCCAGGGUGUAUCAACUAGUGCCUCCUUUGGCUGUAAAAUCUCAACAGAAUGCAGGAGAAUAUGUUAUAGAAAGACAAGUGGAACUUACAAAUGUGCCAGGUAAGUAUUACCUAGGCAAUCUUAAUUUGACCGUCUUUCCUGAAAUGCAACGCAAGUCAGUCACAAAACUGCCUCUUUGCUUCAGAAAAAUGCACAGGAUGCUGUGUACGUGCAGAGAUGGCUGGAAAGCAUAUUACAGGCAGUCUGUCUUUUUAGCAGGCUUGGGUUUAGCCUUCUUGUACACCACAGUGCUUGGCUUUGACUGUAUCACUACAGGGUACGCCUACACGCAGGGGAUCAGUGGCUCUCUUCUCAGCAUACUCAUGGCUCUUUCUGCCUUCUCAGGACUAAUGGGCACAGUUUUGUUUACUAAGCUAAGGAAGCAUUAUGGCUUGGCUGUCACAGGAGUCGUAUCCAGCCUCCUCCAUGUAAGCUGUUUAAUGCUGUGUGUGUUUUCAGUCUUUGCCCCCGGCAGUCCUUUUGACUUGGGUAUUUUCUCUCUUCUCACAAGUAAGAACUCUUCCUUAAACCACGAGACACUGCAAAAGAACCAGCUGCAUAUUUACCCAUUCCAAAGAAACAUCAACCAACCCAUACUGCCAGAUCGUUCUUCAAUUCAUUGGACUAAUAAUACUGUGUUGUUGGACAGCGUGCAUGGGAGUGAUCACCCAGAAUCCUAUAUUUCAAUCAUUCUCUUGUUCUCAGGAGUGAUACUAGCCAGAAUUGGUCUUUGGUCAUUUGACUUGACUGUGACCCAGCUUCUUCAGGAGAACAUUCCAGAAUCAGAGCGUGGGAUAGUCAAUGGUGUGCAGAGCUCUAUGAACUACUUGAUGGACCUUGUACAUUUCAUUAUGGUUAUUCUAGCUCCUCAACCGCAACAAUUUGGGUUGCUGGUGAUAAUUUCCUUACUGUUUGUGAUAACGGGGCAUGUCAUGUAUUUUAUUUAUGCUAAAAAAUAUAAAAUUAAAGAAACUGUGAUACAAACAAACUCAGAGAGGAAGCCACAGAAUCCCUCUGUCUGAAAGUCUCAUAAUCCUUUAUUUUAAAAUUAUCCUAUCAUUCAUGGAGUAUAGGUUACUUACAUAAAAAUAUUGACUAAACACACUAGCCAAAAUGUUCCUCUGUUUCUAUUCUUACCCCAAACACACUGCUAUAUCAUGAGAAAUAAAGAACAAAAUACUAAUUGGAAGACUUAUUUCAAAAUACUUAAAGAUUGUGUUUUUUAAAGGACAGUCUCAUUUCUGUAUCUGCUUAGUUUUUACAAUCAGCUCUUUGCAAGGACACACACAACUUAUUCUCAGGGUUCCAGAUGAAAAUGACAGGGCAACGAUUUUCUCCUUUGUUAUCCAUAUGUAGAGAAUAUUAAAAUAGAAUUCACAAUUUGCACAUCACAACCCGCCCUUCCUAAGCAAAUGAUACUGUAGUUUUUUUUUAAACAUCUUUUCCAUCACACAAGAUGGAGCAACAGGAACGUGUCUUCCUAGAUAGUUCGUAGAAACCAAUAACUUAUUUACAGCCAGCACGUUGUGUUCAACUUCUCACUAAGCAAUUCUGUAUUUUUUAUUUUGGACUGGCCGAAUACUGACCCCUGUAUUCAAUAUAAAUAUUUUCCCCUUAUUUGAAAGGUUCAUUGAAGUUAUUAUACUAGAUGAUUUAGGGUUUUUUGCAGCACUUCUUUCUUUCCUACUUUGAUUUUAUUUUUUAAUGCAAAAAAACUAGCUCAGCAUCCAAUUGUUCAAACAAGUUAGUGACUGCAUGGGCAAUCAUUUCUUCACUAAAGCUUUCUUGAAUGCAGUUUCUCUUUUUUUAAAAUAAAGUGAUGUUUUCAAAGUUUAAAUAUGUGGCUGUGUAUGUUGGUCAAAUUACUAUUGGGUAAUGUGAGCAUAAAGUAGAGGCUAUAAGUAUGGUUUCCUAUAAAGACUUGUUCAUGACAUGGAGUUUUCAUUCCUUGAGAAAGAAGCGCAGAGCAUCUUAGUGGAUAGAGCAUAUGGGAAUUGGAUGAUCUCGGCUGUACUCCUGGCUCUGCCAGUUGCGUUCUGGGUAACCGGCAAGUCACAUCGCCACUCUGUGCCCAUUUCCCCAGCAGUAAAAUGUGGAUAAUGAUAUAGACCU